AUGUCUUACAAAAAAGGAAAGCCUGUACUCGAGUUGUUCCGUGAAACGGAUGAUGACAAUGAUAACUAUACCGACGAGUUUGAAACCGCAGAGCUCAUCACAACAACGAGAAAGUUUUUGGUGCAGCAGUACGAAAUUGAUAACGCCUUAAAAGUUUUAAAUCCUAACAAUGUGCACCACAACAACCGGCGUUCUUCUACACUUGGGCAACAGACUGGUACUAAAGAGCAAAAAAUGGGUAUCCGUUCAACAAAUUCGCAGUGUCAUCGCAACGCUUACUCAUCCCCUGAUGUAAUUCAGCGGGCGAAUCAGUCUAAUCGCCCAAGCUAUUUAAACCCCAAUUCCUAUGCUAUGACUGAUCUCUCUCCCGAGGAGUUUGCAAAGUACACAAAGCUCAAACAUGUCGGAAGAGGCGCAUACGGUGGAGUCUACCAAACCAAACAUGCUGACACAGGAGAAAUAUAUGCGAUGAAGGUCAUUGAGCUUGAUCACACGCACUCAGACUCUUACUCUAAAAGCGGCUUGGCAGUGAAUGAUAAUCAGCACUUGAUGAAUGAGAUCCUCAUCAUGAAGCAGUUUGACCACGUCAACGUCGUGAAAUUGUUCCAUUAUCACGUCAACGAGAUGUCUGUGAAUUUGAUACUAGAAUACUGCGAGAGUGGCUCUUUGAGAGAUCGAUACAGAGCAAGGGGACCAUUGCCCGAACAGGAAGUUAUAGGUUAUAUCAAACAGACGCUGGAGGGAUUGGUGUAUCUGCACCAGAAACGCUUCAUUCACAGUGACAUCAAAGCAGCGAACAUUCUGCUCAAAAAUGGCGUUAUAAAGCUUGCAGAUUUUGGUGUUAGUAUCAAAUUUGACGCUAAGGACGAUGUGGAAACGUUGAAGAACAAGAAGAAGGAAGCAAACGGUUCACCCUAUUGGAUGGCGCCGGAGGUUAUUAGACUACAAGGAGUUUCAACAGCUUCUGACAUUUGGAGUUUGGGAGCUACGGUAGUGGAGCUGCUCACCACCCAGCCACCCUUCUACCAGCAUGAUCCGUUCCCAGCUUGUCACGCGAUUGGAUCGGGCGAGCCUCCAGAUAUACCAUCCGGGAUAUCUCGCGAGUGUUUCCAGUUUUUAACAGUUGGGUGUUUCCAACAGGACAGGAAAGCUAGACUCAGUGCAGAGCAGCUUCUUCGACAUCCCUGGACUCAGGGAGAAAUAAAACAAGAUGAAUCACAUAGGUCCAGCCUCAACCGCGAGAAUAGGACCGGCUUUUUGAAACAAUACAAUGAGACAUUCCAGGACAAUUACGAUAACGAUUUUGAAGAGCGAUCCAUAAAUUUAUUGAUGACUAUCAAUACCAUGAAUAAGAAGCAAAGACUUGAAAUUUAUAAAGAAUCCAUGUCAGGGGAAAGCGAGGACGAUUUCAUGGACGUUUUCGAGAUUGAAGAUUUCAAAGAUCUUGAUAUUGGAGGUCACAAGGAAACCGACAUGAGGGAGCAAAAAAGAGCGUACAUUCAAGACUUGAUUGACCGCACAGAGCUAGCAACAUUGGAAGAGCUGCAGUUGAUUUACAAGUUUGUGACUGAAGAUGAUGAGUUUGGCCAGGAGGACGAAAAGCUACAUGCAGGCCUGAAUUUUGUGAUAAAAUGCCUUAUAGAUCAAAAAUUUGUCUACAAGCUUACAUCGAGGCUGUUGACAGAGGUUUCUGACGAUUGCAAAAUUGAGCUUAUGAAGAUUGCGGUCCAGCUCUUCCAACACGACACUCAAAGUAUGGUGACGUUUUAUCAUUGCGGAUGCACCUCGAGACUCAUCAAAGCAUAUUACGAAGAGGAAAGCGUUUUCACAUAUUUGUCCAUGCUUGUGAAGUCCAAUUUGCCAACUCUGUCUCUUAUUUCAACUGAUAUCUGUGAAGUGCUGGUUUUGACAUUGAAAAAUGGGGACUCUAUGAGACAAAAUUCAUGCGUUGAGCUGCUGCUUGAACUUUUCAGGAAUGAGAAAAUCGAGAAACAAGGGAUGUCCUCGAUCCUAAUUACACAUUCUGUUCCGAGACUGCUCGCCACCAGCUUGAGCAAUAUUCGGGGCCACAUGAGUGAAACACAACUAGCGGUGGCCGCUAGGACCGUCAAACUUCUUGCCAAAGUAGCUCAUUACUGUUCCUACAACCUUCGAGGCAGAUUCUUUACUGGCGAUUUUUUUGCAUGCCUAUUCAGGAGAUUUGCAAAACUGCCACUUGAGUCCAAACUCGAGAUGGUGAGGAUAGUGAACAAGUGCGAAAUGUUUUUGGAUAGCGCUUUGAAAGAUUUGGAUAACUCACAGAUUCAGCAGAUCUUUGACCAGCUUCUUGAGGAUCUUUCCUCGGAAGAGUGCUCCAAAGCAUAUGAAAGGUUUGUGAAAUGCACAAUACCCAUUCUUCAAAAGCUAUGCACUUUGGACUCCAGCAGGCAGGUGGAUUUACUAUCCACUAGCAGCAUCGAGCUUUUCAACCACUUGCUCAAGCUCUUUGCCAACUCAAAACGGAACGAGAGCAUCAGGAACCAAGUGGUUGAUAUCUUCACAGCCGCGGCCGGCAAUCCUAAACUAUCGCAGGUAUGCAGACGAUAUGGGGCAAUUGAAAUAUUGAUUAAUGUUCUUGACGACCCCCAUUACCGACUUACGGCAAUUCGCAACAUAAGGUGCCUCGCGGAGACGGAGAGCGACAUUCUUGAUGAGGCGCUGAAAAGGAAGCCGUUGCUUCUCAACAAGAUUGUGGCAGGUAUCAGACUCGAUAAUGACCUCGAUCAAUUUUUCAUGGAAUUUAUCCAAGUGCUCGAGAAACACCGUGACAAAUGGGUUCACUCAAACAGAAAGUAUACUCAAUCAUUCAGCAUUUACAACUAUUUGUGCUCCUCCGAGGAAAUUUUAAACUCGUUGUUUGAACGGCUGUCGCAGCCGGAACUAGUCGAUCCCCUGUUAGUUCUUCAGCUUUUCCAGGUCUUGUACAGUCGCAAGCCGCAGAGCUUUGUGCUACGAGAGUUUCAGCCAGCCUUUCAGGACUUGCGAGACGAAUUACUGAAACGAAGCGGGCCCGGGGACGCUCGGAAAGACCGGAUGAUCGAUAUCAUUGACGACAUUUUGAUAGAACGCUAA